AUGCGGAAUCUGGGUCUGCGGAAGAAAGGCAUGGAGUUCCAAAUACAAGAGGAAGCCCAUCGUCUUGUGGAGGUCUUUGCAUGUGCAAAAGUGUCCAGCUUGAUAUGUGUUUUGGCUUUUGGAUACCGAUUUUCUCUUGAAGAUGAAAAAUUCCAAAAAUUGAUCGAUGCCAUUGAUUGCAUCUUGAAAGAUUCAAAUAACUUACUUCACAUGCUGUAUGAAGUCUUCCCAUGGCUCAUGAAACAUUUCCCAGGGCCUCAUAGGAAGUUAUUUGCCUCUGCAGACUUGGUACUUUCAUUUGCAAAGGAGGAGUUAGAAAGGCAUAAAGAGCAACGAAAGGAUGAGCCACAGGAUUUCAUUGAUUUCUAUCUACUUCAGAUGGAGAAAAGCAAGGAUGACCCCAACCCUACCUUUGAUGAAGACAACCUAGCAGAGUGUGUUCUUGACCUCUUUAUCGCAGGGACAGAGAUGACUGCUGCUACUCUGCAAUGGGCACUGCUCCUCAUGGUGUCUUAUCCAGAUGUUCAAGAUAAAAUCUACAAGGAGAUGGAAGAUGUUUUAGGUUCCUCCCUUCCCAUUUGCUAUGAAGAUCGAAAGAAACUGCCUUACACCAACGCGGUGAUGCAUGAAAUUUUGUGUGCAAAAUAUCCCUUAUUAGUUGGGAUUCCCAGACUAAAUGCAAAGGAUUUGGAAAUGCAUGGUUUUCAUGUUCCAAAGGGGGCAUUUGUUGCUCCAGAUCUGAACUCUGUUCUUGUCGAUCCCACGCGAUGGAAAAACCUGAAGAGUUCAACCCAAGCCACUUUUUGGACAAGGAUGGAAAUUUUAGGUCUAGAGAAGAAUUUUUGCCAUUUGAAGCAGAAUGUAAUGGACUCUCACCUUAAAGGGACUCCUGGUGCCACCCCCUUCUUUCAUGAUUUGUUGAUCGCCGGGCCCACGCCAGAGGAGCUCGGGAACUGCCUCCGCACCGUCCUGCACCGUUUCCGGACGACAGGCCUCAAGGUGAAGCAGGAAAAGUGUCUACUAGGAGUGCCCCAGGUGGACUUUCUGGGAUUUGCGGUGGAUGCAGAAGGGGUCCACCUAACCAGUGACAAGGUAUGGGCCAUUUAUGAUGACCCAGCGCCCAAGGGCAAGACUGAACUUCAGGCCUUCUUGGGACUAUUGAACUUUUACCUCACCUUCCUUCCUCAUAAGGCGGCAGUAGCGGAGCCUCUACACAGACUCCUAGACAAGUGGUCAAUUUUCCUCACCAGAUACCAGUAUGCCCUGAUCCACCACCCUGGGAAGGGAUUGGCCAUGCAGACGCCCUCAGCAGCCUACCACUACCAGAAACAGGCCCUGACCCAGCGCCCGCGCAAGAGGUUAUGA